GUGGCUGGAGCUGGAGGCCGUCCCAGACGAGCACGAGCACGAGCACGAGCACCAUUCGGAGAAAAACGCUGUAACUGGAGAAAACACUAAACUACCGAAAAAUCACCAAAUGGCAUCAUCCAUUUGCCUAUCUUUAUCGCCGACUUCUAAAACCCUAACGCCGCGCUCCACUUCCUUUAACCGCGGUUGCAGGUGCUCCUUAGUAGUCUCCGUUUCUAACGGCCAUAAACCGCCGUGGAGAAAGAGGCCGCAGGUGGUUUCUAUGGCUCCGGAGGAAGAGAAAUUGACUCGCCGCAAUCCCCUCGAUUUCCCCAUCGAGUGGGAGAGGCCUAAACCAGGGCGCAGACCCGACAUUUUCCCCCAAUUCAGCCCCAUGAAAACACCAUUACCACCACCAAUGCCAUAUGAUCCCCCUGAAGAAGACGAAGAAGAAGAAGAAAAGAAAGAAGAAGAAGAAGAAGAAGAAGAAGAAGAAGAGGAAGAACCCGAGAAGGAAGAACCCGAAAACCCCGAAAAACAGUCCUGAAAAAUAAUGGUAGGUUCUUGAAGGGUGAAAACACCAGCCUUGUUCAAUUUUGUUCCAUUGAGUUUUGAGGUGGUGGUGGUACCAUUUGCUUAUGCUCUUAGGUAGAUUGAAUGAGAUGUUAUAGUAAUCCAUUUUGGACCCUGGUGGCCUAGUGUGAAUGAAAUCUCAUAAUUUGAGUGGAUAUCAUGGACAUAUUCAGAUUGAUUCAUCAGGGAAACUUGGG